CUAAAGCUCGAUGAAAUCGUUUUGACUUUUCUGAUCCAGAUGUCCUAAGUCAAUUCUUUUUUGAGGAAAAGGAGACAUUUUGGAGCGUCACUGACCUUGCUGACAAGUAGUUCUCAAACUUGAGUGUACAUCACCAUCACCUGGAUGAAUUGGCUAAAACACUGAUGCCAACCUGUCCAGAGUUUCUGAUUCACUGAGGUUGGGAUGAGGGCCCAAGCGUGUGCAUUUCUAACAAUUUUCCAGGCAUGAUGCCAAUCCAGAGAGUGACUGAACAGACCAAAUAGCUGGCAUCUUCUCCCACUCAUGUGAUCCUGCUUAGAAGGUAUCAUUGGAGCCAUUAACCUUGGCUGCCCCCGCCCUGGCAGAGAUGUGGAAAUAUUCUUCUACUGAUCUAGGCUCCAAUUUAAUCUGGUGGGAUCAUUUUCUCACUCGCUGUGGGAGUGUCUGAAACUUGAUCCUGUUUGAGCUGAACUAUUAAUGAAGCCUCGGAGUGUGGAGUGGGGAAGGGAGAGCACUACGAAACACUCUCCUUCUGUGAGAGCGGGUUGACAAGAAGAGGAGAGGCUGCCAAGAGAUGGACUUGAGUAGGAGAAGACUGCACUAAGCGACAGUCAGCCUUGAAUGUCAUUCUCUCUGAAGGAAUAUGACAAGUCUGAAGAUACACCUGAGGAGGUAGCUACAGCGGGACAGGUGUGUUCCCAUGGAUGAUUCAAGCCUGUCCAGCACUAUUGAUGUAGACAAGGGCUUUGCCAUUGCCUUUGUUGUUCUUCUGUUUAUUUUCCUAACAGUGAUGAUUUUUCGAUGUGCCAAGUUAGUGAAGAAUCCCUAUGAGGCCACUUCACAACCACAGGACCAUCUCUGAGCUGAAUUAUGAAAAAGCCUGGUAGACUCCCCCUCACAGGAGAGUCAAAAUCUUUUAUACAGACUAUUGUGAUCCAGAUUUUAUAUUAUUUUACCUCCCUGUUCCUCCGUCAUCUCACUCCUGCAUUCCACAAUAGGCACAUGAGUGUGAAUUAGGAAUACUAAAAAGGAUGAAACAUAAGCCAG